GCCACAUUUUAGUCGUCAGUAGCAACGGUUUUCGGGGUGACGACUGUGGAACGCGCGCGCAUGAUUUUGUUGUAAUUGUGUGCGUGCAGCUACAUAUUAAACACACACAUGUGCAUUAUUGCUUGUGAGAUUCUAUUCAAUUGUUGUGCUGGGUGGGAAAAGCAAAACCGGCGCGUUGUGAGUACAAAACAGUUUGGCCGGUGACGUCCUCUAGUGCAGAUCAAUGCUACUGGUGUUAUUUGCUUGCGGUCGUUGACUGCCCGCGAAAAACCAGUCGGAAAAUUUUCGGUUGAGUUGUGACGGCUAAAUAAAAACGAAUUGGCGGGUAGUAUAUUGAAUGCAUUUUCACGCAACGACGCGACUCUACGUGAAUGUGUGCUUGAAGGUUGCUAAAUCUUACUAAUAUUGACAGCGCGCGUGCUUAUAAUGCUUUUGCCACAACUUUAAAUUUUAUUUGGUGAAUAAAUAUUUAAGAUUGGAUAUUAACAUAUUUAUAAAAAAAAAAUAUUUUCCAAAUUAUAACGCCUUCAAUGAGUCUCAUUACGUCACACAAUGGCUACACUCAAAGCGGAUACUCUUAAAAAUGAAAAUGGCAUCAAAGGCGGUGCUAAAUGUGUCAAUAUUUCCAACACAUCAUCUCUGUCAUCGUCACGUGCCCCAAACAAAGCACGACUAAUGCCAGAUAGUGAAGAUGGUACUACGGCCGAAAAUAUUCAUUUGGACGAUUUGUACACUCGAUAUCGUCAACGACUGCGCAAGUCGCUCUUUACAUCGGGCCUACUGAUAUCACUGGUCGCAUGUAUAGUUUCCAUAAUUGUUGGUGUCAUAUAUGAACAAAGCUUAACACUAAUAUGUCUACUAUCUUUGGCGGCCACAAUAUCCGCGGGCAUAUUGACAGCGCUACAAUUUCCAGCGGUGCUCAGCUCACCGGCGGCGGCAUUGGCGUUUGCAAUUGUGACGACUUUUUCGCUGGGCACAAUAGCAGCUAUUACGGGAGAAAGAUUGGCGCCAAUACCGUUAUUUGCCGUUUUUCUAGGUAUACAUACAAUGCUGCCAAUAUCCUGGCCAGUUUCUUUGGUGUUGGCGCUUUUCAUGUCGGCGUUCCAUGUCAUAUAUCGCAUUGUGACCAGCAAGGAUUACGCAGCCAGCUUGCCCUUCUUAUUUGGAGAAGUUAUCAUAUUAGCUUCGGCAUCCAUUUCCGGCCUCUAUUAUCGCAUAAUGUCAGAUGCGGCACACAAUCGAACGGUGGAUGGCACACGCACGGGUAUAGAACAACGCGUGAAGCUGGAGUGCGAACGAGAACAACAAGAGCAACUGCUGCUUAGCGUCAUACCCGCCUACAUAGCGGCUGAAGUGAAGCGUAGUAUCAUGCUGAAAAUGGCGGAUGCUUGUCAACGCGCGGGAGGGCCAUCUACCACAUCUGCUACACGUUUUCAUGAAUUGCACGUGCAGCGUCACAACAAUGUAUCAAUUUUGUAUGCAGAUAUUGUGAACUUCACUCCAUUAUCAGAGCAACUUUCUGCCAGUGAUUUAGUAAAAACACUGAAUGACCUUUUUGGACGCUUCGACCAAAUUGCAGGGGAGAAUCAGUGUCUGCGUAUUAAAAUUCUCGGUGACUGUUACUACUGUGUAUCUGGACUGCCCAUAUCAAGGCCGCAACACGCUGCCAAUUGUGUAAACAUGGGUUUACAAAUGAUCGAUGCUAUAAGACAUGUACGUGAGGCAACCGGAAUUAAUGUUGACAUGCGUAUAGGCAUACAUACUGGCAAUGUGCUUUGUGGUGUCCUUGGCUUACGCAAAUGGCAAUUUGAUGUUUGGAGUGAUGAUGUUACACUGGCAAACCAUAUGGAAAGUGGCGGCGUAGCGGGCCGAGUUCACAUCACCAAACAAACUCUUGAUUUUCUCGGUGACAAAUUCGAAAUUGAAGAGGGAAAUGGUGCCAGUCGGGAUAGCUAUUUGGCAGAUCACAAAAUCGAAACAUACCUCAUUGUGCCGCCAAAGAAAAUUAUUUAUCACCAUAGUGUACCACAAGUGAUCGAAAUCACGACUUCCUCAGAGACUCAACCCAAUGAAUGUGAUGUCACGGAACGUCUCUUACCAAACCCUGCCUUCACUAGUUUCUCAAAUGUGAACAUAGCAUUGUCUUGUGAGCAAAAAACUCCUAAUCAUGAAGAUACGAUUUCUACACUAGGUAUUAGCAAUAUUUGUGGCGGCAUUUUUCCAAUAGAACGUGGAAAACUCUCGCCUUCAUCUACAAACAGCCAAGAUCCAAUUAUGACCAAAUCGAUGUCUAUCAAAGAACUAUCAGAGGAAGAGGAAGAGGAUGCAAUGAUGCAAUUAUCUAACUCGGAAGAAAAUAAUAAAUAUGGAUCUACAAACAUGCAGGCAAUAUUAAAUGAAAGUCAAACUGUAGAAUCUAAGUCAUCUUUGUCAUUGCCAAACGAAAAUGUGAUUAGUGGAAGUACAAACAAUAAUGGUAUAUUGGAAGUUGACGACAAUAUAGCUGUCAACGCAAAUUGCAACGCUUUAACAAACUCAACGGCGCUUUCAUCAAUAUUAACUAACAGUUUAAUGGUUACUGAUGGACCAGAAAAGAUACGACGAAAACUUUCCGUACAAGGUCUGAUCUCUUUUGCGGACAGAAGGCGCUCCUCGGGCGCCUUUACAGAUGGUCGCAAAUUGUCUAUACACAGCGGUGAAAGUUUUCGCAGUCACAGCGGCAAUUUUAAUCGUAAUCGCCCGUCGUCCAAAAUGACUAAAUACGUGGAGUGUUGGGGUGCAGAUAAACCGUUUGCCAACAUUGCAGAAUCGAAACUGGUUAAAAACAUAGGACUUGCGAGCAUUGCUAUGAUAGAAUCCAAUCUGCUGCCACCGGAACGUAAAUGCUUCAAUUUCAAUUUGUUCGGACCCCCUACGGAAUUGAAGCCGUUUACAUUGUGGUAUCGCAACUCUCCACGUGAGGCCAUGUAUCGUGCGCAACCAGAUACACAUUUUCGUUUCGAUUUAAUUUGCGCAUUUGUUCUUUACCUCUCGAUUGCAUUAAUUCAACUAAUCGCGUUUGAGAAAAAUUUUGCUUUGAUUGGCUCUCUGAGUGCUAGCUUUAUAUCACUUGCACUUUUCCUAUACCUAAGCAAUAUACAGGUGCCCGAAGUCAAUGCAUCAACAACAGACCGCAAUGGACCGGGUCAAGUGGUGGCAAGUAGUCGUUAUAUUCGGCUAGCUAUUUUCAUUAUAGUAAAUAUACUAAUAUCAGCAACAGCAGUUUUUAAUGUGAUAAACUUUGUAAAUAACGAGAAUCUUGAGCUUGAGUCGAUAAAUGUAGAAAGUAAUGUUAACACCUCAUCCAUGUUGACACCCAAUGAUACGUCUGUGUCAGGUGUUAUGUAUACUAAUCUACAAGAGAAUGCGUAUAACUUAAAUCAAAUAGAAAAUGCACCAAUUUAUUUGUUCUGCUCCGCUAUCAGCCUUGCGGCGAUAUCUGCUUUUUUGCGUUCCGGCUUUAUUCUUAAACUAAUUACCAUGGUUGCGGCACUCAUCUGUCAGAUGGUCAUGCUGAGCUUUAGUGAUCUCUAUGCAAUAUAUAAUCGCCAACAACUGAACGCUUUACCUAUAGACUUAAAAGGGUUCCUAUUAUUGUUAUUGGUGGUUGCGGUGCUGCAUACUCUCGAUCGACAAGGUGAAUAUGUGGCUCGCACAGAUUUUCUGUGGAAAGCAAAAUUAAAAGUGGAACAAGAAGAAGUGGAAACAAUGCGUGGAAUCAAUAAAAUUCUUUUAGAAAAUAUUUUACCCGCUCACGUAGCCACACAUUUCCUUCAUCAGGAGCGAUCCACUGAGUUAUAUCACGAGAGCUAUUCUUGUGUAGCUGUGAUGUUUGCUUCUAUACCAAAUUAUAAAGAAUUUUAUGAUGAAACUGAUGUUAAUAAGCAAGGCCUUGAAUGUUUGCGACUACUCAAUGAAAUUAUAUGUGACUUUGAUAAGUUGCUUCUGAAACCUAAGUUUAGUGGAAUCGAAAAAAUCAAGACUAUUGCAAGCACAUAUAUGUGUGCAUCUGGUCUACGGCCAGGAAAGGAAGAUGGUGCUAUGCGGAUGCGUAAUUUAGCCGAUGAAAAGCACACUGAAGAGCACAAUGUCACCAUUCUUGUGGAAUUUGCCAUUGCUUUAAUGUCAAUAUUGGAUUCAAUUAAUCGUGAAUCAUUUCAAAGAUUCCGAUUACGCAUUGGUCUUAACCAUGGACCGGUGAUUGCAGGAGUUAUCGGCGCGCAAAAGCCCCAAUAUGACAUCUGGAGCAAUACUGUGAAUGUGGCCUCCCGCAUGGACUCCUGUGGCGUAAUGGGGAGACUUCAGACGACAGAGAAUACAGCAAAAGUUCUUAUGGCUGCUGGUUAUGAGUGCGAGUGCCGUGGUCUCACUUAUGUCAAAGGAAAGGGCAAUCUAGUCACUUAUUUUGUUAAGACACAAUUCGAUGGAAAAUUGUAGGAGCAAUAUAAAUAAAACGAGGGCAGAGUAGGAGGAGAAACAAACCAAUAAAACACACAGCGAACUGGUUAAAGAUGCAUGGAACAUGUUACAAAAAAGUGAAAGUACUAACUAAUAAAACUAAAUUAAAAGAUUUAUAAUAAAGUUAAAUAAGUUAAAAAUUUAUAAAUAUUUAUGCUAACAGUAAUAGAUAUUGUUAUACUCGUAUUUUUGAAAUACUCUAAUUUUUCAUACACACCCAAUAUGUUUAAGAUAAAGGUAUAUUAUACAAGAUAGAAAAGAGAACUCUACUCAAACUAUAAUGUCCAAAAGUUUUAAAUAAACAAAUAAACUUUUGUGUGAAGUUUUGUGAUUAUUUUGAUACAAAAUUAGUUUUGGUUUGAAACGGCAUAUUAUAAUUAAAAACUCCUUUCAAGAAUUCAAAAAAGUUCAAUUACAUUCUCACCUUAUUUGCACAAAGAAAUUCAAAGAUCUCAGCAUCUAAGUAAUGUAAAAAUAUCAUUGUAUACAGAAAAUGUUUCCCCUAUAAGGGAAAGAUUAUAAAAAUCACUUAUAUUACAAUUAUUUUUACAUAUGCGGGAAGAACCAAAAAAACAAUAAAUUGUUUGUUAUUACUUUACGCA